CGGGGCUUCCGGCGGAAGUGGGCUCUGCGGCUGCGAGCUCGGGAAGAUGCUGCGCGCGGUGUGGUGGUGGCUGUGCCUCGGCCUGUGUGGCCUCCUCGUGGGGCGGGCGAAGGCCCCGAGCCCGGUGGAGCCGCUGGAGCCGCUGGAGCAGAGCCGGCCGUACGCGGUGCUGCGGGGGCAGAACCUGGUGUUGAUGGGAACCAUUUUCAGCAUCCUGCUGGUGACCAUGAUCCUUAUGGCAUUUUGUGUCUACAAACCCAUUCGGCGUCGAUGACAGCCGAGCCAGCAAGCGCUCCCAGGAGUGUUUGGGAACAGAAUAAGUUGUGUUGCACAUGGGUCAGUGGAGACGUUGGAGUCCGAACUUUCAUGCUUGGAAAUGACGUUUGGUCUGGACAAUUGGUAAAUGCUGAUUUAGAAAAAACAUCUAGCAGUUUUUUUGUAACAUUGUAAUGCAAAUAAUUGGCCACUGAGUCUGCUUCUAGUAUUUUUUUUUUGUAUGUGGCUUACUUGUUAGUAAGACUUAAAGCUCAGUGUAAAGUUCUGUGUAAAAAUGGAGUGCUCAUGAGAAAGGAAACACAGUAACCUUGUGAGUGAUAUAAAACCACAUUGGGAAGGACCAGUCAUUAAUGUCUGAAAAGAUGAAGAAGACUUAACAUGUAGACAGACAUUCAGUACUUAAGCAGCACUGGUGACAGUAGGUUAAGAAUCACAACGUUUGUAAUUGCACUGAGUUGGCAGAGUACUCUGGUUGCAAAGCAGUGACCACUGUGGGGAGCUUGGGCCGUCAUCCCUCAUCCAGCAUCGGCUCUGCACUCAGGUGCCCCACUGAAGUCAGGGUCACAGCAGGUAGGCCAGUGGUCAUGUGUACGCUUGGGCUGGAAGGCUCUGGGGUUGGACUGAAAAUGUUUCUAGUUGACCCAUCUGAAAAAGAACUACUUGCUGCUCAAACGUGCGGAUCUCCCUGGUACUGCACUUAAAUCUCCAGCCCUUGGCCUGAAACUUGCGGCAGCUUUUCAGAUUUGGAACCUAAGAGACUUCGCAGAAACUCUUUCUCUUGGCCCUGGGUGGGAAGGACUCACUGUACUAGGCAGAGUGGCGAGUGGGUAUGUGUUUACACAAACUUAAUUUCAGCUUUGGAAACGCUGCUGUUUGUUUGCACUGUUGGUGAACUGGAUCUUCCCCCUAUUGAAAUGAUACUUUUGUACUUACAGUGUGGUCAUCAGUAUUUAUUUUAUUUUAAAGGUGCUAAGUUGAAUUGUGUUGUUAAAUUGAAAUGCGUGUCUUGUGCUCCAAACACAGCACGAAUUUUUUUUUAAACCUGCACUUAAUGUGAAAUAACUGAUGUGGGAUCCUGUAACUCUGACUUACGGAUUUUGUUUGUAACCUUAACAUUGAGGCAUUCAAAUGUUAACUGUUCUGUGCUUUUCAGCAAAUGUCUAAAAUUAAAGUUAAAUCUUA